CCGCGAUUCAGUUUGGGUUGAUCCCAAGUCUCUUCAUGGACGGGUCACAAUUUUAAUGACAGCGAUAGAGGCCUUGUUGUCAAGCUUCAUUUAUUUUAAUCCUCGUAGGUGAUCGUCGGAGAAGAAGAGCAAUCGUUCUGGAGAACAAACAAAGACCUAUCACACGCUCAUGUCCCUGCUGGUUUUUCCAACCUGCGUGUGUGAACAGCCCAUUGCAGCUACACACCUUGUGAACAUGAGCAGCCAAACAAAAACCCCCACAGUUCUUCUGCCCCACUUUCAUCUCAAGGUGCCGCAGGAUGUGGGGCGGACUGCCGAUGGGUGGACUGCAGCCCCUGCUGGUCCUCCUACUGCUCCAGACGGCUGGCUGUGGCAUAACAAAUGCUGACACGGUGGUGAAUAUGCGGAAGGUGACCCAUAAGACCAUAAGUGAAGAGCUGUCCAAAACAGUUCUGCUCCCCUGCCUCUUCACUCUCCGCCCGGGGGCUGGGUCAUCCCCAGAGCCCCCACGGAUUAAAUGGACCAAGGUUUGGGGCCAAAGAGGCUCAGAUGGCCUGCAGAAAGAGCAAUCUGUCCUGGUGGCUAAAGACAAUGUUGUCAAGGUGAAAAAAGCUUUCCAGGGCCGCGUAACUCUACCUGGUUACAACGGAAACCGAUACAACGCCAGCCUGUCGAUCACUGGGCUGCGCUCCAGCGACUCUGGACUUUACCGCUGUGAGGUGGUGGUUGGCAUCAAUGAUGAACAGGACACAGUUCCUCUGGAGGUCACAGGAGUGGUGUUUCACUACCGCGCCCCUCAUGACCGCUACGCUCUGUCCUUUGCUGAUGCCAAGAGGGUGUGUUUGGAAAAUUCGGCCAUCAUUGCAACGCCAAGUCAGCUGCUGGCCACGUUUGCCGACGGAUAUGACAACUGUGAUGCAGGGUGGUUGUCGGAUCAGACUGUACGAUAUCCCAUCCAGUCUCCUCGGCCUGGAUGCUAUGGUGACCGGGAAGAAUCGCCUGGCGUCCGAAACUAUGGCGUUAGGUAUCCAGAUGAGCUGUUUGAUGUCUACUGCUUUGCUCCACACUUAGACGGUGAUGUGUUUCACUCAACUGUGCCAGAGAAGCUGACCCUGGCUUCAUCUUCCACCCACUGCCAUUCUAUCGGAGCACAGCUGGCCACCGUCGGCCAGCUGUACUUGGCAUGGCAGGCCGGUCUGGAUCAGUGUGACCCCGGCUGGCUGGCUGACGGCAGCGUCCGCUACCCCAUUAAUGUCCCCAGAAAGAACUGUGGUGGAGAAGAGCCAGGGGUGCGCACCGUCUACAAUAACCCCAACAGAACCGGCUUCCCUGAGACCACCGCACUGUUCGACGCCUACUGUUACAGAGCUCACCAUUCUCCUGGAGUUCAGGCAGCACAGACUUUGUUGGCCGACCCAACAGCUGAAGUGGACUCAACUGUCGCAGAAGCUCAGAAUGAUGGCGCGUCUUCAUGGACUGGUCAAGUCAACCUAAGCGAGUCGGGAGUGCGGUCCUUUGCUGGAACCAACAAUUCUUCUGAGAUAUCUGAUGAACAUGUUGUUAUUCAUUUGAGACCAGAAGGGUCCUGGGGUGAAACCCCAGACACUGUGAAAGAACUCAUCCAAGAGGAUUCUGAAAAUCAAAGAAGAAGCAACAACCUCUCUGAGCUGAAUUUCCUGGAGAGUCAUGGGGGUUCAGCUCAUGAGGAGGACGAUCCUGGGUAUGCAGACGCCUCAGAGACCCCGACAGCUUCUUCCAAUUCUGAACCCCAGACCACCAGCAGUGUGCUGGCUGAGUUUGUUAACACGCUGAUGAGACCGUUCAGAUUCUGGACUGGGGUUGAAAAAGUGGACCAAGCAAAGAGUGAACUCUCUGAGCCUGAAGGAAAGCCAGCAGAGGUCCUGACCAAGAGUGAAGCAGUCGGCGACUCCGCAAAAUCCAGUGAAACCAAAGGCAACAUCGAAAACGCCAUUAUGGAGCACAGCAGUGAGACCUUUUCCUCCAGGGCUUCUAGUGGUGGAUUGCAAAGCCCGGAAGAAGGUUUAUCUGAGCAAGAGAAAGAGGUGAUGCCACUGGUUCCAUUAGUGCCAGCAGUCAAACGCAGCGGGCACAACACCAGCUCUCCGCGACAAGAAGAAGGUCCCAGCGAAUCUCAGCCUAACCUCCCAUCCUCUGUCAACAGAGUGGCUGGAUCCGCUCCAGAUGAAAGGUCAACGACCAGUGAGCAAGUCCGCCCUCUGACUGCUCAGGGUGCCAGUCGAGGCCAGGCUUUUACCCCUGCAGACAACCAUCCAUUUCGAUGGGCUGUCAAAUCCAUGCGUGGCUCCAAACACAGCCCCCCCAAAAAUGUGAUUUUUGCCAACAAACAUUCAACAUGGGAGCCUCAGGAAGCCAAGUCCGCCCCGUUGGAAGAAAGGACCAUACCAUCUUACCUUCACCAGGAUCACCCAGAAAACUACUCUGGGGAGGGGAGGGAGCAUGAUGCUGAGACUGGGUUCGGGGAGGAGAAGCAGAUUGAGGGGAGCAGUGAUGGAGGACAUUUUCUUGGAGACUUAAAAACAAAUAAUAAGGUAAACAGCCCAAUCUCAGAAGCGUCUCAUUACCCAGACCAGGGUGGGCUUGGCACAGUUGCUGAGCACACCACCCAAUCACAGUGGCAACUCGUGGAUCCUGCUAAUACUUUACCUCAAGGUCGUCCAGUCCAAGAAACAGCUGAGGAGGCUCGAGGAGAGAUUCUUUAUGUCCACCGUCCGACUAAGAAACUCUAUUCCACGACACUCAAAAGAGGGCAGAGUAGCUUGCAUGCCAGUUCCACUCCAAUGUUUAAAAAGCGCAGCAAUGACACAAACUACACUCAAGAACCUACACCGGUCACUUCUACUCCAAUGGACUUGAUGCUGACCACCUCUGAGGUGACCACCCCUGGACAUCAAGCAACUGAGAGUUCUUCUGACAGCGUCACGACUGAAGAACCUUCCAUUUCCAUCUCAUGGUUUCAAACAGAGACAGAGAAAAGCACCAGUGGACCCGACCCACAGAUCCACCCCACGGAGUCCGCGCACAAUGAGGACUCUGAGCCGACUGUGGACAUCAUGAAGUUGACCACAGUUCCACCGGAAUCCAAGGUCGUGGCCACAGAAAUGGAAUCCCGGUCUGCAGUAUCAGACUCCUUUGUUCUGGGAAGUAAAUGGACAUCUUUUAAAAAUUCAAGUCCAAAGGAGGACAAAGCUUCAGUUGCAUCAGAAAGCGAAACCACAGAAAACCCUUUUGACAUCCUGGUUCCCAGCUGGGCCAUGGGACUCAUUCCAUCAGAGGAGAAAAACCCUUGCCAGACCAACCCGUGUCUUCAUGGAGGCAGCUGCCUGCAGGAAGGUGAUGGCUAUAGCUGCUACUGUCCUCAGGGCUACUCUGGAGAGAGCUGCGAAAUUGAUAUCGAUGACUGUCAGUCAAAUCCCUGCCAGAAUGGUGGAACCUGCAUCGACGAGAUCAACUCCUUCGUGUGCCUUUGCCUGCCAAGCUACGGUGGAGCCACUUGUGAGAAAGACACGGAAGGCUGCGAACACAUGUGGAGGAAGUUCCACGGUCACUGCUACAGGUACUUCAGCCGCAGACACACCUGGGAGGAUGCUGAGAAGGACUGCAGAGAGCACAGCGGUCACCUGGCCAGCAUCCACAGCAUGGCCGAGCAGAACUUCAUCAGAGGUCUGGGUCACGACAACACCUGGAUCGGGUUGAACGAUCGCACAGUGGAGGAUGACUUCCAGUGGACGGACAAAAUGGAUCUACAAUAUGAGAACUGGCGGGAAAACCAGCCGGACAACUUCUUUGCUGGAGGGGAGGACUGCGUAGUUAUGAUCGCUCACGAGAACGGAAAGUGGAACGACGUGCCGUGUAACUACAAUCUGCCCUACGUCUGCAAGAAAGGAACAGUUCUCUGUGGAGCCCCGCCUUCGGUUGACAACGCCUUCCCGAUUGGUCGCAAACGCUCCCACUAUGACAUCCACUCCGUUGUGCGCUAUCAGUGCGCCGAGGGUUUCCUGCAGCGCCACGUCCCCACCGCCAAGUGUCGCGCCAACGGCAAGUGGGACCGGCCCAAAAUCAUCUGCAUAAAAUCCCGACGAGCCCACCGUUAUCGCCGCCACCACCACAAGGGCAGAAGAGAGCGCAGGAAGCACAAGCGGCAUGGCCACAGGGAAGGAGGGCACCACGGGGCAGAGCCGGGCCACAAACACAACCACUUCUGAACCAAAAAAAAUCCAUCCUCCCUCUCCUGCUGCUGCAGGUUGCCUGUUUCCUCGCUGUCCCUUCUCCGUCACUCUCUAAUUUCUCGCAACCCCCCUGGACCCCCUGUCCCGGUCAAUGUGUGGCCUUCCUCGUUCUCGCAAGGUCUGAGCAGGACAAUAACAAAACCCUUUGUACUCUUUCUACUUAAUUUAUCUCUCAUAUUUGUGCGUCUCUUAUCUUUCCCCCUCCGACCUAUUUUUAGAAAAAAUUAAAUAAAACGGGCUUGGACAUGUGGGGUUUGGUAAAAACCCUACAUGGGACGGCGUGAGGAAAAUGUCUGUAUUAAAAACACAGUUUUAGUUGUCAUGUCAGCUCAUUUUCCUGCUUUGGCAUUCAAGCGAUGUUUAAGGUGAUUGACUGGAGUUUCUCUUAGAAUCAGACAUUCUUGAGUUUUGUUUUUUUUUUUAAUCGUCUGUGGUGUUUCUCCUCGUCAGUGUCAGACUCUUGUUUUAGAUCAGAUGCGCUGAGGCCCCGGAGGAAAAUGGAAAACACAUCAGUCACAGAAUCUCACGCGGCUCUUCUGCUAUCAGACAGCCCCACUUGUCCUGGGCGACGGGUAAUCUCAAUGUUUGAUGUCCAAUUGUCUCAGCGCCAAGCGGCGAUGUACACUUUUAUAUUUUGUCUUAUCGUCCGUGUCGCUGUGGGCAGGUGAAGUGUGACUGGAUUCUUUUGGAGUUUGGCUGGAUGAGAAGAAAUUAUGCUGUCAGCCGAGCAUGAGAGAUGCAGAGAGGCACAGAGUGUGUUAUCUACUCAGAUUUACCAGCCCAGUCGUACGUUACGGGAUGCAAUAUAUAUGACAAGCCCGUCCUCGGAGUCGAUGAGUAAUGCUGUUUCCUGGUCUCUUUCCACUGUGUUGGCAACACACCCACUAAAGUUAAACUGCACUUUUUAACUCACUGUUAAUCAGAUCUGCAGCGCCCUCCAAGCUAAAUUUCCAACUGUUUCAUGUGUGGAGCUUGUGAGCUGUCCUGAAGCGAGUGUUGCUUUCUUCUGGAAUCUUCCCUGCAAACCCCAAAUAUGCUUACAGCUGAGCUAGAGAAGUUCUGUAGCUGAGUGGAGAGGAUGAGCGCAUGACACUUUUUACUUUGGAAGGAGGUGAAGAGGAGAGUGCAAGCAGGGUGACAGAGUUCUGAGACCUGCCAGGAGCUUUGGUGUAGAGUCACACUUCUCAACUAGUCUGGCUGUGGGAUGCACCAUCAGAGGUUCGCAUGCAGUGCAAACAUAUACACUUGCUGGCGAGACACAUUAACACCGGCGUGUCGAUUGGUGGGGACAGGUUGUCUACUUGAUGAAUUUUGUCUCUUCUUGCUGGCAAAUGCACACAUUUACAAGACUAUUAGAGAGCACAAUCGUUUUGGUCUCAUCCUGUGUCAGGAAGGAGUCAUGAGUGGUGCGGGAGGCAGCCAAGCGGACGUCAGAAUAUGCUGGUUAUUUUUAUGCUGUGAUGUAUAGCGUAACCUUGACGGGAUUCAGUCUGAUCUCUGACUGUAUUUUAGGCCAUACAGCAUCACUCGAUCCACCAUUGCAUCUAAAUGACAAUCUUUGACCCAAAUCUAGCAGUAGAGUUGGCAACCGUCCCUCCGUCUUUAGCAUCAAAUCUGCACGUCCCGCGUACAGCUGACAGGAGACACACUUUGUCCGGGUAUUUUCAGGGUACCAACCUAAUUUUUCCCCGGGAAAAGGCCUGCAACUCACUGACUGCAGCUUGAUGACACAGUUGUGGUCCUAACCCACAAGUUGAGAAACACAUGGAUAGAUAAGAGAAGAAGAAGGUUCUUAUGUCCUCAUUGGCAGUGACCAGAUAAGGAUAUGAUUCCAUUUGAGUAUAACAGGAGGCUGGAUGGUUUAGAGUUAUGGAGCAGAGAAAUACCAAACAUGUUGGACAAAGAAUGUUGCAAAUGGGUGAAAUAAAAGAUUUCGACAUCCGACUGGUUGAAAAUGAGAGAAGACCAGGCACUGUUUUCUCCUAACACCUCCUUGUUUGGCAACACUCUGCAGUUUUGACUGUGAUAAUUGUGGUGGUAAUUAUUAGCCAGUCAGUUCAGGAUCGAGGAGAACCAGUGAAGCAAAUUCACUCUGCUUGUGUUGAGAGAGUGCUGGGGCGUCCUCACCCAGCUCACACCUGAACUGCCUCACAGAGUGUGGCCGACUUGAAAGAGACAGCCCGGACGGACCUAACAAGUGCUUUGCUUCUACUGUCAGGUUACAUUUCCACUCUUCAAAUUCGGGACUUGAGAUUGCUGUGUGUGGGAUUAUGUCUGAACAAUUCGCUCCGUUUCCAUCUAUUAUACUCCAUCUGCUCCUGUCUCCGUCUCCCUGUUAGCGCCUUUAAAUAAAGUCCACUCCGGACUAUUUAGCCAGUGACACUGAGCUGUGAUAGAUGAGCACAUCAACCUGUCUGUAUUGGCAUCUGAGGACAAGACAGAGUGUUUUUGAGCCGGAUUAAUUUAUAUCAUCCAUCCGCUCUCACCUUGGCAAUGACAAGACUCUUGCACUCGGAAAACAAUAGUCACGCUGCACCUUCCUAUCUCUUUAAUUAAUCUCUGCAUGCCUAAUUAACAAGCUGAAUUAUCUUCAGGGCCACGGGGCGCUGAUGACGGGGGGGUCGAGUGAGGUUGAUGGACAGCCACUGAGGGUGACAGACGCGGGACUCAAAGGGCUGUCACACUCCUCACAACCGGCCUGACAGUAUUUAUAGGUGCUGCAAGCUGCUUUUCUUGUGGAAAAAUUGGUUUUUGUGUGGGUGUUUGGCUGAAAAGGAGGACUGACCCUCCGCUCGGAGUCUAGCCAGCUUUGACUCGCAGAGGCUGAGGUGUUUGAGUUGUGUAGAGAUUCGAUAUUGUGACAGUGAAUGGGAUGUUGGAUGAUGAUAUUCAAGUUUUGAUACAUUAGGUUGAGAAGACAAUUAGAUGUUUGUCACGGAAGUAUUGUAGAUGCUCUGUUGUUCAUAACCUAGUUAGUUGGAUAGUUUACAACUCUGAAUGGAGUUGAGAGAUGACUCUUGUGCACUGCUGCUGUCAGUUAUAACACAGUUGCUCCUCUCACUUUUCAAGGGUGUUUUGCGGCAACAAAGUUCUCCUGCUAUCAACAGGGCUCCUAAUGUUUUGACCAUAGCUUUGAUUUCACACGCGACUCCACAUCUUCCUACAUGCCUACAGGUUUAACAGGAAACUUGGGUUGUGGACCGUGGUGAUGCUGGAAAGCAAGUUGAUGUGGUGUGAUAGCAAGACAUUCUCUCGUCAAGUUUGAAUUCAUUCUGUCCAUCAACCUCAUGAAACAUUGCUGUGAAGGUGGCAGGGUAACGUGUAGAUCAAUAACUGAAGCCGUGGUGAGUCAAUCGUUCACCUUUGGAAACUCAUCCUCCAGGUAGGGUGAGGUAGGAUUACCUCAUCAGCAGAACAGUAAGUUCCUCAUCUUAGCAACAGCAGGGCAAUGAAAGUCGCUUUUGCUGCUCUGCUGUACCAAAUAUUGCAUAGACCAAAGGCUCAUUGCCAUCUUUCCUUCACCCCAUCUCACCCGUGACCCUGAAAAGAGAAAAAAAAAGAGUCCCAGUAGGUUAACAGAUAAACAUUUAUUGAAGUUUAUGGAACUAACUAUGGAAAUACAUUUCAGCCUUGGCUUCUUAACAUGUCUACUUUUCAAGCGCCUCGACUGUUGCAGUGCAUAAUGGGCCCUCUAAGUUGUGGACAGGUUUUUUUCUAAACCUUUAUUUACAAUUAUUUAUCAUUAUUUAUCUGAUUAAGAAGUGAAUGGAAGAUAGAAGUGAAUAAAACUAAAGCAGUGUUUUGGUUUCGGUUGAAAAUGGACCAACUUGUGGCAGCGCCACCAUGAAUUGUCUCUGGAGCGUUGCAUUUUUGGACAGUGGAGGCAGACAGACUGAGGCUGAGCGGCAGAUCGAUAAACUGUGUUGAACUCCAUAAUCACAUUUAAAUGAAGCUGGAUUAAUUCACGUUAACGCAUUUAUUUCUUCUUCUUUUUUUUUGGUGGUGGUACAUUUCAAAACACUGACAGUGACUUCUGAAAAAGAUUUUGGUUCUCAAAUAAUGCAAGUGACUAACAGGACUACUGAUGCCAGACAACAAUCCAAUAAAAUCUUCUUGUUCUGUUUGCUUUUUCCUUGUAACACACACACACACACACACACACUCCUCCUCAGAAAUUCAACAAAUUGUCUCCGACUCUUCUAUCUGUCUGAAAAAUCUCUCUUGCUGUCAGUCAGCAGUCGACUCGCGAGCCCCGGUGAGACAAAGGAAGCUGCCAUGUGCAAAAGGAGAAUUUUAAUCAUGAAGUUGAGGGACUGCUUGCUCGCCGUGAACCCAGAGACCUUGGUAAUUGUGCGUCUGCCUCCUCACGACGACACAACAGCUCGGAAGGGACACGUGUUCGCACGUUCGCGCUCUCAAAGCCGUGACGGCUUAAUUAUGCCGUCUGUUAGCCCCUGCAGGGGAAAAGAGAGGAAAUGAAACAUGGUGCUUCUGUUUGAGUCAGCGUGACGGCAGCGAGACAAACACGUCAGAGGAAAUUGACAUUGGGUGGUGUUUGUUCGGAGCAGCAGCCGGAGCCUUCUCACGCUGACACCGUAUUCUUCAUUAAGGCUACAGAGGAGAGGAGCGCAGCAGGCACGCGGACACCCACUGACUGACUUGACAAUGAUUGAAAAGCUGAAGAAGACGCUUUCAUUCACCAAUUUAAUAAUGCUCCACUAUAAGUAACACAUCAAUUUGCUCCGUUUUUUUUGUCGAUGACAGCAAAGGAGAAUUAGAGAGAUUUCAGCAUGUUGGAAAGUGUUUGGAAAAACGUCUACAUUCCUACGUUCUUUGGGAAGAAUGUGUGACGCCAUGAUAAUACAAAAAAAACGGCAAAUUUGUUUUUGGUUUUGUCUUUUAAUGCUGGAGGAAAGUUAAAAUAUAAGUUCAAAAUAAGUUCAAGUGCAGUUCUAAGUUCUUAAAAUAAGGCAGACGUCUCCAGAGUGUGAAAUGUGUGAGUGCGUAAUUCUACAUCACUGAAAUUCCUUAAAUGAGAUUUCUUGCGUCCGCCCUGUGAACGCAGCGUCUGGAUCUCAUUGUCACUUAUGUGUAUCUUUGAGUAGCAAAACUACAUUUUACAACUUCUGCCAUCAAGUAAUGAUCAUGUACCCAACUUUGGUCUCCGAGACAGGAGGAGAUAUCUGAGACUGAUGUAACUUGUGUUGUGAGGGGCAUUCGUGAAUGUGUUGGGACUGCUGUACCUCCGUAGUACCAUGGAAACAUGCUGUGCUGUGGAAACCUCUUGACAUCUUAAACUCCUCGCUACGAUGUAAAUACUUUUCUUUUUUUCCUCUUGAUUCCAUUUAUAUUCUGGGUGUUUGUUGUUGUCACUGGACCACAGUCACACAGCCACAGAGGAGCACAGAGUGCAAGAGUUAUCACAACAGCUUGGAUUUUAUUUUACACCCAUGUGAAGGUGCUGAGUCACUGUGGUCCAGAGUUCUUUUCCAUAGUUACAGUUGUGUUUUUACGGAUUCUCGUCCUGUCACUGUAAAAUAUUCUUUACUGAACAUGUUCAUUAAAGGAAAACCGUGU